AAAGAAAAGAGCCCAUCAGCCCAGGUGACCACUCCAUCUCCGGUCGCUGGAAAAUGCCAAUUGAACAGAAAAGGAGGUGUGAGAAGACGCGCAGAUACCGUCCAUACUCCUGACCACUCCAGAAGUCGCUUGACUAAAAGAGCUUCCCGGGUGAGACCUGAGGAGCCUGAGGAUGGAGGCGUGGAUGCAGAGUCUCCUCCUGCAGCCACCAACACCUUGCCUGGCUCUGUGGUCUCCUUUCUGUGCCAACUGCAGGAAAAUGAGGGUGUAACGGAUGUCGUGCAAAGAGCAGCAAGUAACAUCCUGGUCUCCCUGGCCCGCUCUCACUUCCUACAAGUCAUGGAAGAGCUACAGCGUCAUCUGAAGCCUGUGGAGGAUAUCCCUCAGGAAUUUGUUUUUAUAACCCUCAGCAAACUGGCCACGAGCUAUGCACUGAGCUGCAUCCCGUUUCUGGAAAUGACCUGGAAUGUCAUGUACACCAUGCUGGGGCGAGUACAGAGCAGCAGGAUGAAGCAAGCCUUCUGUGCUGUUCUGGAAACGUGGUCGAAAGGGGUGACUGUUUACUUCCAAGACUGGGCAAAGUGCUCCUUCCCUCGAAUAGGGGAAGCCCAGCUUUGUGAGAAGACAUACCCUUUCUUCUGCUACGUGGUCAGAAACUGGCUGGACUGUGAAGAGAAGGAGCUCAAGGAGGACAUCAUCAGGGCUGUGGCAGCUAUGAUGGGCCUCCUCCUUCAUCAGGAAGAGUAUCAAGGGCAUGUGUGCGACCAGCUCUCCUGGCUCUUGGACCAGUAUGAAGAGGUCCAAGAUGGUUUUCACGUGACCAAGCGUCUCAGGCAUUUCUUGGAAGCUGUGGAGAAAACUGAGCCCUUUAUCCCCAGGGAAAGAGUUUUUAUCAUCUGCAUUGUUGUGCACAACCAGCUCUCGGAUGUGACCAAGAAGCACCGCAUUGGCCAUAAAACAGAGCUGUGCCACUGCAUGCUGCUACUAGCCCGAAGCUUCCCUGAGGAGACCAUGGAGUUUCUGUACUCACAACUGGAGGCUGAGAACGAGGCUUCUAGAAUAGCAGCCCUGUCUCUGCUGAGAUUCUUUGUUCAUUGUGACCGUGAAGAAGGCUGUUCUUGGUUUCAUCAAGGAACUGUUCAGCUCUGGUGUCGAGAACUGUUCGGCCUGGGGUCUGGUGGCCUAUGUUUUCAGGGAGUUCAGUCGGGCCACCAGCAGACUGUCCAGGAUGUGACCCCUACUAUAGGAUUUCCCAUUGUCUUACCUCAGGUGACCUGUGCUCCCAAAGCAAAAGCCAAGUCUCCUACUGAAGCCUCUAGCCUCUUCCUGAAGAAACAGUAG